CUUGGAAUCAGCCAGCUUCAGUCUACUUAGACUUUUAUCAGCAGUAUUUGCUUAAAACGCGUUAGAUCUUUAGAGUCACCUCCGUUACGCUGCUUUACUUCCUAUGUGUCAAUUCCUGCUUGUUUUCUUUUCCCUAUUUAGUAAAAGUGGUCAGUCUGUUGCCAGGAUGGAAACUCUGAUUCCCACCAUCAACCGGCUGCAGGAAGUCUUUCUCACUGUGGGCGCAGAGGUCAUACAGCUACCUCAGAUAGUCGUGGUUGGAUCUCAGAGCAGUGGAAAAAGCUCUGUGCUGGAGAGCCUGGUUGGACGAGACUUCUUGCCUCGAGGAUCAGGAAUAGUCACAAGACGACCCCUGGUGUUGCAGCUGAUUAAUGUUGCCCCUCCACAGGAGAGACUGAAGAUUGAGAAUGGAAAUGGGGUAAAACAAAAUGCCCAAAACAGCUACCCAGGUGUCAAGGCUGAAGAAUGGGGUACAUUCCUGCACUGCAAGAACCAGAUCUUUGCAGAUUUUCAGGAAAUUCGUCGGGAAAUUGAAGCAGAGACUGAACGCAGCUCAGGAGACAAUAAGGGAAUCAGUCCUGAGCCAAUAUAUCUGAAGAUUUUCUCCCCCAAAGUCCUUAAUCUCACUCUCGUUGAUUUACCCGGAAUUACUAAGGUUCCUGUUGGAGACCAGCCAGAGGACAUUGAGGCUCAAGUGCAAGAGAUGAUCUUGUCCUUCAUCUCCAAUCCAAACUCCCUCAUCCUUGCAGUGUCCCCUGCCAACUCUGACUUGGCCACCUCUGAUGCACUGAAAUUGGCUCGUGAGGUUGAUCCAGAUGGUCGUCGAACAUUGCUGGUUGUCAGUAAGCUGGACCUGAUGGAUGCAGGGACUGAUGCGCUGGAGGUCCUUCUUGGCCGAGUCAUUCCAGUCAGGCUCGGGAUUAUCGGGGUGGUUAACAGGAGCCAGCACGACAUCAAUACCCAAAAGAGCCUGGAGGAUUCAAUGAAGGAUGAGCAGGCCUUCCUGCAGCGCCACUACCCUUCGCUCGCGUCCCGUGCUGGCUCACGCUAUCUGGCCAAAACUCUCAGCAGACUGCUCAUGCACCACAUCCGGGACUGCCUGCCAGACCUCAAAGCCCGAGUGACUGUUCUGAGUUCUCAGUACCAGGCACGGCUCAACAGCUAUGGGCAGCCAGUAGAGGACCACAGCGCCACUCUGCUGCAGAUUGUCACCAAGUUUGCCAGUGAUUAUUGCAACACCAUAGAGGGCACAGCCAGGCACAUACAAACCUCAGAGCUCUGUGGAGGUGCUCGGAUCUGUUACAUAUUCCAUGAGACCUUUGGCCGCACUUUGCAGUCCAUCGACCCCCUGGGAGGACUGACCGAUCUUGAUAUCCUCACUGCCAUCCGCAAUGCCACAGGUCCACGGCCGGCGCUUUUUGUGCCCGAGGUAUCCUUUGAGCUGCUGGUGAAGCGGCAAAUUAAGCGUCUAGAGGAGCCCAGUAUGCGCUGUGUGGAGCUCGUUCACGAGGAGCUGCAGAGGAUCAUCCAGCACUGCUCCUCCUUCAGCACUCAGGAGCUUCUACGAUUUCCCAAACUGCAUGAUUCGAUUGUGGAAGUAGUGACAGGGUUGUUGAGGAAGCGCUUGCCGAUUACUAAUGAAAUGGUACACAAUUUAGUAGCAAUAGAGCUUGCCUACAUCAACACAAAGCAUCCAGACUUCACAGAUGCAGCGCAGGUCUCAGCAUCUGUCAACAGUCAGCAGGCAGAAGCCCUUGACGGAGGAAAGCGCUGGAAGAAUGAGAAGGUUGCAGAAGACAAAGCCCCAGCCACAGGCUUUGGCAGCCCCAGCAAAGGCCAGGCCAUUAACCUCCUUGACACAGCGGUGCCUGUAUCCCGCAAGCUGAGUACGAGGGAACAGAGGGACUGUGAGGUCAUCCAGCGUCUCAUCAAGUGCUACUUCCUCAUUGUCCGCAAAAGCAUCCAAGACAGUGUGCCCAAGACAGUGAUGCAUUUUCUGGUGAACCAUGUGAAAGAGCAUCUGCAGAGCGAGCUGGUGGGUCAGCUUUACAAACAGCCACUGCUGCAGGAGCUGCUCAUUGAGUCACAGGACACGGCACAGCAGCGGACUGAGGUUGCUCAGAUGCUUGAGGCGCUUAAAAAAGCCAAUAACAUCAUCUCUGAGAUCCGGGAGACCCAUCUGUGGUAGCCAGAGGAAAGUUCCCUUGUC